AUGUAUGCUGCUACCGCAAAUCCCAAGCUGUCGGGUGACCCGAAGCCGGCCGAGGAGAUGAUGCUUUGCGCUAUCCGCCCUAUGUUGGUCAAGCCUGGUAUCCUCCCCCAUAACGAUCCUGGUCACAAUACCCUCAGAACCUUCAUCGAUCUCCUCGACACCACCGCUACUGAGAAGGAGCAACGUCUGAAGGUCUCUCCUUUUAGAGCCGUGGGCAACACUUUCGACUUCAGGGACCCCGCCAAGUGCCACCUGCCGAACGUUUGGCAGUUCGCUGACCAGGCCGACCUCGCUCGCCUAUACGACGCCGUUUUCCGCAGCGACAAACAGCCUGACUUCGUCAAGGCCGCCAACCUUCAGAUCUACAUCUGGUUUCCCCAGCGUGGGCCCCAGCCUUCCAAGAAGCCCAACUUCCACCAUCUGAUUGACAUCCGGAACCUUACCCUCUACGGCUGGUGUGGAUGUCUCCCCCGCGACGACCCAAAGACGAGCCGAACGUUAGUUCUGACGACGGACCGCGUGUUUGAGGACUGUCCGCACUGGUCAAAGUACCCUGCUACACCCGUUAAUCACCUUUCUGGUAGCCACGCGGCGGCGUCCCAUGGCCCCCCUCCCGUCCCGAUUGGUGUCAUCAACGGUCACUUCCCCCACGGGGUGCUAUACCCACCUCCACCAGAGGACGAGAACCCGAACGUCGUCCCUUACCAUAUCUACGGUGGCAUCCACUUGAACCAUAGCCGCGGACUAGCACUACCGCCCCCAGGCAUCCUCUCGAAUGACCAGCCUGCGUGGCCUGAGUCGCACAUCGUCCCCAGGGAAAUUUACCUGAGCUCGUCGACAUCGCAGCAGUAG